AUGAAGCAAUACACGAUGCUGUACAAGAAUACCUUUGGAAAAAUAACUAAAUCCGCUAGGAAAAGGACCCCAUUAAUUAAAAGAGGCGGUUCACAUCGAACUACGGUAAUUCGAGUUAGUCAACCGGAAAAUGAAAAUGGUUUAGUCUCGGUGCAUCACCGUCCAAAAACUUUGGUGGAAAAUGUGAAAUUUUAUCUCGUUCAGUACAGUGAAGCGACCACAAUCCACGGUAUCAAGUACAUUGGAGAACGUGGCCGCAGUGCCUUGGAGAGGUUAAUUUGGACGAUUAUUGUUGUUGUCGUUUGCGUUCUCUGCGUAUACUCAAUUCGGAAGAGCUACUUGAAAUGGCAAAACUCUCCUGUGGUGAUGACAUUUGCGACGAUCGAAAGGUCAAUAGCGAGUAUACCGUUUCCGGCGGUAACGAUAUGUCCUGAAGCUAAAUUUGAUCCGGAUACGUUUAACUUCACCGAAAUGGUUCGUAGGAAACGGUCCGGCGUCGCCCUCACCGCAAAGGAAAGAGAACACCUGCACCUGUCAUAUUUGGUUUGUCGCAAUGUUGUGAGAUACGACGAUUUCUUUUAUACAACCACAUUAAAUCGUACUUCUAUCGACGAUGUGUCCGAUAGGUUAUUUGAGAUGAUGCCAAACUUCGAUGUCGGAAAUGUAAGCAAGAUUAUUUGGAACGAAAAUCUACUGAAUUUUACUGAUGCGUUCGACCUGAGUGUCACUACCCAAGGGGUGUGCUACACGUUUAACAUGAUGGCUUAUGAAGAUAUGCUUAGAAACGGGAACAUGUUUAAACGGUUCAAAAAAUCGCAGCACAGGCUGCGUAAAUUUUCCUUUGACGGUGGAUAUCAACCUGGUAAGGACGAAGGUGAAUAUCCACGGAGAACCUUUACGCCAGGAUUAGGGGGCGGAUUAACCAUCGACUCACUGUAUACCAACAGUAGCCAUCUGGAUGAUUUGUGCGAGGGAUCUUUACAGGGAUUCAAAGUGGUUAUACAUGCAAUGUGCGAGCUUCCUAACAUGGAUAAACACAUCAAGCUACCAUUAAACCAUAUGGUAAACGUUGCCGUAAAGCCGUCAGUGGUGGUGGUGUCAAAAGAACUACAGCAGUAUUCCCCGAAAGAGCGAAAGUGUUAUUUUUUCUUAGAAAAGUUCUUGGCGACUUACAAAGUUUACACUCAGAAAAACUGCAUGCAAGAGUGUUUGGCCAACUUCACCCGCGCACGUUGCGGAUGUAUUCCAUUCUAUUUUGCUCGUAAGCUGCCAAAAUAUGCUAAACAAGUACUUAUGGCUGUAAGAAUUAUAGCGUUCAGUGAGCCAACGAAAGUUUGUGGUCCAACCAGCUUCAAGUGCGUACAGUACAGCAAAUUGAAAUAUUUGGAAAUGGAACACGAAGAAGAGCGUCGUUGUGCUUGUCUACCAUCAUGUUUCGACUUGCUGUACCACGUUGAAACUUCUCACCUGGAUUGGAAUUGGAAACGAGUUUUCGACGCGGUAGAGAAACUUGGCGAUGCACACUACAACACCAAAGCUCUUAAGACGUACUUUACUAUCUAA